AUGGUUAUCAACAAAGCAUUGCUAUCGGCGGUAGCAUUGGCGACCAUAAUGAUCAUCAUUAUGGCACGUCCUUCGGUCCAGGUAACGGUUAACAUAACCAAUCAAUUAACCCAAAAAAUACUGAUUGUGCAUUGUCGAUCCAAAGACGACGACCUCGGUGCCCAUGCGGUAGCCGUCGGGGAAAGUAUCCACUGGAGCUUCCGUGAUAAUUUCUUUGGCGGGACACAUUUCUGGUGCAAACUCGCCGUUGAAGAUAAGCGUAUUUCAUUUGCGGCGUACGAGGCAUACUUCGAAAUUUUCACGAAAUGGGUUGUUUGUGACGAUGGAGUUUAUGGGCAGCCCGAUGGUCAUCCGAGCUUUCUGGAGGCCGGAUGGAGGCGACCAUAA